GUGGUGAGGAUGGCUGCGAAACUUCUACACUGCACCAAAGAUGAACAGCGUUCUGUCAUACGCUUUUUGUGGGCAGAAGGUGUGCCCGGAGCACAGAUCCAUCGCCGCAUGUGUGCUCAGUAUGGGGAUAAAGUUCUCUCUCGUAGAGUCGUCUAUGAGUGGAUUGAAAUGUUCGAAAAUGGCCGUACUAAUGUGAAGGAUGCAGAGCGCUCCGGACGUCCAACUACAGCCACGACCACGAAGAAUGAAGAAAGAACCCUGGAACUGAUUCUCGAAAACAGAACAAUAACAGUUGAGGAGAUUGCAGAAAAGCUGAAUCUGAGUGUUGGAUCUGCCUAUGCCCUGGUUCACAACAGCCUUAAGUUCAGUAAAGUGGGUACCAUGUGGGUGCCCAAGCAACUAACAGAGGAGCAUAAGCGCAAGCGCUUAGACAGUCAUGAAGAAGGUGACAAUUUUUUGCAGCAGAUAAUCACUGGUGAUGAAACGUUGGUUCACCACGAUGAGCCUGAAAGCAAGCCUGUACUACAUACUGCACAGAGUAUGCAAUGAAAGCAUCCAUCAUCUCCUGUAGCAAAGAAAUUCCAGACGCAACCGUCGACAUGAAAGUUGACGAUGAUCGUCUUCUGGGACUCUCAAGGGCCGAUUCUCAAGACCUGUCAGGAACGUGGAACAACUGUCACAAGUGCAACGUAUUGUGCCAUGCUUCAGACAGAACUGAAACCCGCAAUUCGCUCUAAAAGAAGAGGAAAUCUGUCAAAGGGAAUCGUGUUGUUGCAUGACAAUGCCCGCCUCCACACUGCAGCCCACACUUAAUUCCAUACAGUUAAAGUGGGAGGUUAUAGAACACCCAGCUUACAGUCCGAAUGAAGCAUCAUCUGAUUUCCACCUUUUUGGACGCUCAAAGAAGCUUUAAGGGAAAGAACAUUUUCAUGUGAUGAUGUGAAAGCAGUGGUGCAUCAGUGGCUACGUGCUCAACCAAAAACAUUUUUUGCUGAUGGCAUUAAAAAGUUGGUAUGACGCUGGGAAAAAAUGCAUCAUAAAGGAAGGUGACUGUAGAAAAGUGAUGUCAUUUGUUUUUGAAAUUCUUAAUAAAUAGAGUUUAAAAAGUGCAGAAACUUUUUG